CCUGUUUUCAGGCAGAAAAAAGGACUUAUUCAACAACAUUCUUCACACUUUGCUGCAUCGCCAACAUGUUUUGUUUAGUUUACGACAGCGACAGAGUGGCCGCGAUAUAACUGAUCCCGAUUUUUGUCGUGUUUGGCCUGUUUUCACCGUCAGUGUUGUUCGACGAGUGCGUGGAAUUUAGCGGCGCUGCUAUAUAUAUUAAAACCCAACAACAAAGCCAGCUGUCGAUUUAAAGCCACCCUCCGGGAGCCAAGUGGCGAGUAUGGCGCAGCACGAUUGCUCUCAUGUCGCCAGUUCUCAGAAGGCUCUCAUGCUGGAAAUGAAAAGUCUUCAGGAAGAACCCGUCGAGGGCUUUAAAAUAACACUGGUGGACGAGGCUGAUAUGUACAACUGGGAAGUGGCCAUUUUUGGACCCCCCAACACUCACUACGAGGGCGGCUAUUUUAAGGCUCGGAUCAAGUUCCCUAUGGACUAUCCUUAUUCCCCGCCGUCCUUCAGGUUCCUCACCAAGAUGUGGCAUCCCAACAUAUAUGAGAAUGGAGACGUGUGCAUUUCCAUAUUGCACCCUCCAGUGGACGACCCGCAAAGUGGAGAACUACCAUCAGAAAGAUGGAAUCCCACCCAGAAUGUCCGAACUAUUUUGCUGAGCGUAAUCUCGCUGCUGAACGAGCCAAACACCUUCUCUCCUGCCAACGUGGACGCCUCCGUCAUGUACCGAAAAUGGAGGGACAGCAAGGGCAAAGACCGUGAAUACGUGGAGAUCAUCAGAAAACAAGUGGUGGCCACCAAAGCCGAGGCCGAGCGCGACGGCGUGAAGGUGCCCACCACGCUGGCUGAGUACUGCGUCCGCACACGCGCCCCGCCUCCCGACGAGGGCUCCGACCUCUUCUAUGACUAUUAUUACGAUGACGACGAUGUGGAGGACGGCGACGGCGACUGCUGCUACGACGAAGACGACUCGGGCAACGAGGAGUCAUGACGUGCCUUCUUUUUUUUUUUUUUUCUUUCCUCCCCCCCUCAGCUCGACCAAUCUUUGCUGACACGCGCGAUGUCCCCCUUUUUUUGCCGCCCGGGUCAUCGGAAAGGGUCGGCGGUCGGCAAGUGAGAAAUAUUAAGACGGCUCCCGUUCGUAAACCAAUGAAAAUGAGCUCAUUUGACCUUAGCUUGUGCGCUCUUUAAGUCUAAAUUGAUGGGCUGCCGAUGUGGGUUUUGCACCAGCGGAGGAAAAUGUCACAUGUCCAGUUUUCAUUUUCUCCUGGAACCAGAGGGACUAACUUCCUGUCACGUGUAAUGUCAAAGGUGGCGUGGGGUUGAUGCCACUUUGCACUGAUGCAAACCCUUACAAACUUAUUUCUUCCAUUGUAACUUCCCUUUCCCGGUUGUGGGUUUUGCUUGCCAGUAUUCAGUCUCAGCGACUUCCUGGUGAAGUGGACUAACACAAUACACGGAUCGGGACUUUCCCCAGGCGUCAUAGUCUGCAUGCCAGGACACCUCCAAUUGUUUUGUUUUUUUUUCUUUCUUCUGUUUCGAAGCUCGUACAAAAAGAGAAGCGAACGCUCAUAAGUGGCUGGGUCAAUUUGUAUUAUCCUGAAAGUAUUGCUGUGUUACUGCUGGGUGUUUUCUUGUCAUUUUAAUCGUGGAAUUAAUAUUUACAUUUGUCAGCACAUUAAGAAUGUGUCGGGAUAAUUCAUCUGGGAGGAGGGUGUAGUGUUUGCUGAUCACGGUAGUUUUUACUCAGGUUAAAAGCCUGACUAAACUUCUUUUUUUUUUUUUAAGCCCCUGAAAAGUAUUUUUGUCUUUCCAUUUCUGCUUCCUGCAAGCAAUAUUAGUCUAUUUUUCUUGUGGUUAGACUCAAUGCCUGCAGACUUGCUUGAGAAUGUUUUUUUUUUUUUUAGGUUUGGCAUCUUUAACAGCUUGUGUAGAAAAGAUGUCCGAGCAAUGAUGUUGCAGUGUCGGUCAGAAUUAUAAUGGAAGUCUGGACGUGGAAAAAUAACAAUGCCACUAUAUUUUUAUUUUACUGUUCGUGUUGUUGCUAGGCUUACGUAUUAUGAUAUAUUUUUAGUGUUUUUUUUUUUGCGUCUUAUUUUUCAUCGCCAUCAUUGAUUUAUUCAUUCUGCUCAAUUGGAUUUCACACUGAAUUUCUCAGGAUUAUUCAAUUGCAUUCGACUUAGUGGAUCUUUCUCAGAGUUUCCCCGACUGAUGCACAUGUAGCUGUAUGGAUGGUGAUCACCUGUUUAUUUUUUUUGGGCUAUUUAAAAAUGGGGAAUAAAGAUUUAUUGGAACAAAA